AAAUAAUUAUUUCUUUUGAUUGGCAACAUUGGUGUGAUAAUAACUAUCGAAUGUCUAAUAGACGGAAACAUAGUAAUUUGUAUCUUAUAAUAUUCAGAAUCAGAAUACCAUUUGCUUUAUUACCUUGCUGAUUGUUGUGUACACGAAUUACAUAGCUGUCGAGUUUAACCACAACACGCCCAAGUGCCAAAAUUGUUUGGUAUUUAAACAGUUACUUGAAAGGUAAGAAAAUCGUCCUACUGUUAUUUUUAUUUUUUAUUAUACAUUUACUGUAUUUUAAUGAUUCGAUGCAUAAUUAUUACGAUUGUUUGAUUCAUACUUUAUUUGUAAGUAAGGUACCUAUUAAAUAUUUGUAUCAAUUUGAAUUGUUGUCUUCGUGUUUUAUGAUUCAGAAAAAGUACAUAGUUCAUAUUUGAGUUUGAAUAAUUUAAACAGGGUUAGGAACGUUUAUUUUAAAAAUAAAUGUACUCGCAUUUAUUGAUUUUGAAAUAGAAUACAUUUGUGUUCAAAAUUCAUUUUUGCAAAGGACGCAUUAAUAUUCACAUUUACCAAACAAAUUAAUGUAUAAUUUUAAAUUUUCUAAAACAUAAUAUCGAGUUUAUGUAGUCUUCAUCUACUUUUCCUUUGCUUUCUUCUCAACUAUACGGGGUCGGACACCCUCGUCUUAAACUUUCAUUUGAGCCAAUCCCUCAGACACUCACCGUCCACAUGUCAGUUAAUUAUGAUUACAAGUAUUUCAUUAUAUAUUGUUUAAGCAGUUCUUAUCAAUUUAAUAAUGAAAAUUGGAAUUCUACAUAUUUUAUAGAUUAAUAUUUUUAUAUUGUACACGUUCCGCCCGGUGUUGCCCGUAUCAAAAAAAAUAAUAGACAUAAUUUUAUCAUUAUAUGCUAUUACCAUAGGAUACUAUUCAGCACAGGAAUUGCACUACAAUACUUAAUAACAGUUUUUUUUUCCAUCCAUAUCAUUAAGUAAAUUUUUGUACCUAAAAACAAAACUUUAGGAGGUGAAUUUUAAUAACUAUAUUUGGACAAUAUGGAACAUUUUGCGAAAAAUGCUAUUGAAUUUACCUACUCAUGAUGAAUUCAUUGAAAAAUAUAGGCAUACAUUCUAAACCCUGAUUUUGAAUGGUACCCAGGUUCCUUUCAUUGGCAUCUCCUCAUUAAUUUGUAGACAAUUAGAAGUCUGUACCAAAAUAUUUUUUCAUUUUAAAUGUCCAAUGAUAAUUUCCUACGUUGUUAUUUUCUAUUUACAAAAGAUGUAUUAAUGAUUUAUAUCCUUGUUGAAUUUUAGCUGAGAAGAUUUUAACUUUUAACUGAGUAAAUUUAACUUGAUAAUAAAUUUUAACUGAGUUAUUUUUUUUUAAGAAAAUGUCAAAAAGUGAUCGUAUAAUAUUUCUAAAUGUGUCAAGCUAAAAUUGUGUGUUGUAUAUUAUAUUUUAAUUAGAAAUGAGUUUUAUAAAUUAUUAUCCACUAAUGUUAUAUUAUUUUAUAGGUAUAGAUUUGUUUGAUUUGCCUGAAACUAACAAAAAUAAUAAUGACUCUGUUAAAAACGUUUUGGACCCCUAUAGUUGUUUAUCCCGAUGUAAAAACUGGUUGCAAAUUUGUAGCUGCCUACACAAUUGUAAGUUAUUAACACAUUUUUACUUUUCCAUUUUAUACUUUUUUUUUUCAUUUGUAGGCUGUAUCUAUUUUUUUAAUGGCCCUGAUUGUACAUAUGCAAAAUGGAGGUGAAUCAACUCAAAUGUAUAAUCCAUUUUUUGAAGCAAAUUUGCGUGGUAAAUAUUAAAAAAGAUAAAUUUAAUUUUUAACUUUGUUUCGCUUAUAUAUUUCUAUUAAAUAAUAAUAAUAUAAAUAUUCAUUUUUACAACAUUUUCAUAUAAAAAUUAAAUUUGUAUAGUUAAAAUAAAUAUAAACAUUUUACAAUAUACAAAUACAUUUUUAGAGUAUAUAAAAAAAAAAGAAAAAUUAUUUUAAACAUUGAUUAAUAUUAAAAUAUAUUAAUCAAUCGAAAUUUGUCAAAAAAAAAAAUUACUUUGUUAACGAUUUUAAAAUUAUUGUUUGUAACAUUUUAUAAUUUUUACUAAAUUACUAAUCUCUUUUUAUACUAGACUAGUUUAAUUUUUGAUUUUCAAAGUGCAAUAUUUAAUUUUAACUAUACAUUUUACUGUUUAUACAUUAUAAUACUGUAAACUUACAUAUUAGGAUUGUUUAUAUGCUGUUUAUAAUAUCAUAAACAUAUUUAUUUGUAUUAAUUGAUUAAUUGUAUAAUUUUAAGUUUUAGUAACUGACAAAUAUAAUUUAAAAAUAACUUGGUUACUAUCCAGUUAACUGCAAAACAAAUUAUAUCCUUAUGUGUUAAUAUAAUUAAAAUUUACACCAUAUUAUAUUCUGUUCUUAAUUUUAAACUGUUUUAAUUAAUUUAUUUUUAUUUGUUUGUUUAUCUAGAAAUUAACACUUAUGUAAUAUUCACAUUAAUAUUUUUUGCCUAUAUGGUGGGCUCGUCUCUAUUGUUACUGAAAGGUCUAAAUAACAAUCUCCGAGGAUUCCUUUUACCGUGGUUGAUUGGUAUGUGUUUUGUCGUCAUAUUUUUGUUGGUUUGGUCCAUUUGGUUGCUAUACGGAUACUAUAUAUAUGUAAGUUUGAUUCCAGUUUAAGCGACAUGCUAUAUCCUAUUAAAACUAGUGAAAUUUAAUGAAAUCUCAAAUAAAAUAGUAAAAUAAUAAAGUAAAUACAAAAUUUAUGUAUACAAAUAAAAUAAUUAAAUGAAUGAAUUUGUCAUCUGGAGUAUUAUGAUAAAUGUAUUGUAUGAAUUCCUUCAUUUAAGUUUUUACAUUCAGUCGCGUUUACAUUUUGACUGUGAUAUACCUGAUGAUGAAUUUUUAAUUUGAAACCGGUCAUAUAAUACAUUUAUCAUAAUACUCCAGACGACAAAUUCAUUCAUUUAUUUAUUUUUUUUAUAUAUAUACAUUUUUUAUUUGUAUAUUUAUUUACUUUAUUUUAAAUAUUAAAAUCAUGUAAUUGUUGUAAAUUGUUAAAAAAAAUUGUUGAAAUUCUAAAAGAAAAAUAUUGAAAAUUAUUCAUUCAUGAAUAUAAUUAACUAGAUGUUUUCAAUAAGAUAAUAAUGUUUGACAUGUUCAAUUGAGUUGAUCCAAACAAUAAAAAUUAAAAAAUUAAGUGUAUUACUUUUACUUCUCCGUAUAAAAAAAAAUAUAUAUGUUAUUGAGUUUCAACAUAAAGAAAAGAAAAAUAAGUAUUUCACUUUUUAUAAUCUAGGUGAUGAUGUAAAAUAUAUUAAGAUGUACGUACUCUGCAUGUAUCUAUUUGUUUUAGAUGAAUUUCACAUUAUUAAUAAAUUAUAUGUUUUUGUUUUUGUAGAUUCAUAUUGUGUGUGCUGCAGUGAUUUAUUGGAUUGUAGCUGCUUUGCAAGUAUGUUAAUAAUACUCGAACCUAAUUUAUGUUUAAAAAAAAUAAAAACAAAGUCUGACUUUCCUUUUUAGUAUGUCGUUCCUAAAAGUAUAUUUAAUUAAUAAUAAUAAUUGUUAUUAUUAGUUAAAAAUAAUUUAAAUAUAUUAUCAUUGAGGAGACAAUAGCCAUAUCUCGUAGAUAAAUUCCAAAAGUUCUAUCAUAAAUGAAUUAAUACUUAUAUUUUGCAGUGUUGUGAGCGUAUUAUCAAAUUCAAGUUCAGGUUGUAAUCAAAGAUUAAACACAGUAAUUUAUAUAAGUAAAUUUUAUUUAACUGUUGAAAAUAAUCAAACACUUUUUUUUAUUUAAUUUUAUAAUUUGAAGGGAAUGAGAAGACACCCUUAACAGCACUCAUUAUUCUAUUUAUUUUUAUCUAAAGGCUUUGUCACUGUAACUAAUGCAUAAUAUAGAAUAGAAACUCAAUCAGAUGAUAGAUUUUUGUUUGCCUGUGAUUUGAAGUCUUAAUCAAUAAAUUUGUUUUCAAACUAAACCAAUGAUAUAGGUUUGUUUUUGCUCAAAGUAAACCAUUUACUUAACUCGAGAAGAUAUAGAGUGUUAAUAGCCUGCUGUCACCAAUCUUCUUUUUGUUCUCUUCAUUGAUAUAUAAUGUGGUAGAGUUAAUAUCUUUCUUGAGUUAUCUAUGAUUAUGAUCGCUUUUAAGCCUUGGUUUCCUACAAUCGCGCAUCCAUGAUUGCGCGAUGCGUGAUCAUGCAAAAGUUGAAACCAUGAAAAGUAAUGUUUGUGUUUAUUAAUAAUUCACGCACUUCAGUCGCGCAGUAGUCGUUACGAGGGCAACUUUUGCAUGACACGCAGUGCGGGAUUGCAUUAUUUUAUAUAGGUACCCAUUAUUUAAAUAUUAAUUUAUUAAUUAUUAUUAAAAUAUUUUUCAAUAUAAUAAAUAAUUCAAAUGACACUCUAAAAUAUUCCCUGAAUCUAGUUUCAUUGUCAAUUAGGCGCAUUUGAAUUAAAGUACUGAAACAACCCUCCCUGCUCCGUUGACUAAACAUUUCAUCAUUUUUAUUACGUAAAUGAUUCGCAAGUAGCAAUAGUUCUUCAUCUGCUUCAUCCUCCGAAAUAAAAAGCAUAACCACGUCCAUUUUGAUGUACUACUAAACACCAACUGACGAAAACCAUACAGUCGUAAACUUGCAUCAUAGCAAAACAUUUCCAUCACACAUCACGCAAGUGUGAUCACGCAUCGCGCACCACACAAUCACGGAUGCAGGAUUGUAGGAAACCAAGGCUUUACUUUCACCAUUUAUAUAUGCCAUAUGAUAUUUCUAAUAAAUUUGGUUUUUAUUUCCAUCAGCUUGAUGAUUUUAUUUUUAAGUGGUCUAUAAGUUAAAUAAAUAUACUGUGUACCCAGUUCCGAAACAAGUAUUGCAAUCAUAAAAUAGUUGACAUGUAUGAAACUGAAAAAUAAUAAUUAAAUACAUUCUUGUAUUUUCAUUAAUUACAUAUGACACGGUAACAAUUAUAUUAGUUAUGUAAUUCCUAGUUAAAUAUUGUUUCUUCACAUAUCUCACAUCUGUACAUCUGAUGUACAUGGAAGUAUUGCUGGCUAAGAACAAAAAAAAAGUUAGUCAUUUUAUGUAUGUAGUUCUUCACAUUUUGUUCACCAUUUUUAAAUGAAGUUUUUUCUACAAAAUUUUAAUUUGUUGGAUAUAUGCUGGAGAAAUUUAAUAACGUUUACAACUUCAUGGACAUUUCCUUUUUAAUUGAAAAUUAAUAUGCAAGAUAUCCAUUAGAGUGACGAAACUGAUUUCUACUUUUCUUUUUAUAAUAUUGAAAAAAAAAUCUUUUUAACCGAUUAUUUAACUAAAAUAGGUACCAUAUUAUAUUUCUUCUAAUAUUUUUACGAUACUCGUACAAAAAGGAAAGCCAAAAAUAAAUCUAUAUUAUAUUAUUAACAUUGAUUUUUUUUUUUUUUUUAGUUCUAUUGUUGGUUGUGUGUUUACACCCAAUACCGAGCGAUCUAUGAAAUGCAAUCUCCAAAUAUUGAACUUCUUAUAUUCUAAUGAAUUGUUACACAUAAGUAUUCAGCGGUAUUCAGUUAAUGAUUUUUUUUCCCAUAGACAACUUUUGUAAUAUUAUCUCACUACCUAUAUUACAUAAAUAUUUUUUUACUUUAGUAAUUAAUAACUAACAAAUAAUAACAAACCACUUAUUAAAGACUGCCAUUAAUUUGUAAGCAUUGAACUAAUUAUGUCAAUAAUGUAAUGAUCCGUCCAAUUUUUUAAUUUAUUUUUUUUUUUUAUAAUGUGCCUUAAAGUAUUAUAAAUUAUAAUUUUUAAUUAUAAAUAUAUAUUAAGUACAGUAGAUUUUAGUUAUGCUGAAUUUUAAGUAGAUUCAAAAUAAGUUAGUAAUGAAAAUAUAUAAUUUAAAAAAAUUACAUUUAAUUUAUAUUUUAUGUAUACAAGGUCUUUCAAUUUAUAUGGUAUAGUUUCAAGGAGUUCCCAUAUUCCUACUAUUAGAACUAGAACAUACAAUUUGAAAGACUUCUUAUAUACAAAUCUGUAAUGUUUAUUUUUUUAAGUUUUUCAGCAAUUUGUAUAACAUUGACAUAAUACAAUUCUUAAUUGUAAAAUUUAAAAUUUAAAUAAAUACAAAUUAAGGUUUUUUAAUUUAGGAUUAAUAAUUGUAAUAAAUACCCUCAUUAUAAAAUGAUUUGGCCUAAUGUGAAAUUCCAGAUGUUAAUCCUUGAAUAUUUAAACACAAUGAGAAUCUACUGUACAUAUUGUAUUUUUUUUUGUGUUUUUAAUAAUAAACUAUUUUUAUAUA